CGAAAUCUGGGAUGCAACUCAAAUCUUAUGGAUCAAAUGUUUGCUGCUCUGGCUCAUUGACCCGCUAAACUAAACCAUACAACUUGCGCAAGACAACUCCGAUUUCUUAAAGCUCUCUUAAAAGCUGGUCACUCUUGGUUUGCCGCAGGCUCUUCCUGUAACUGCAGCUGGUCAUCCUAUUUCACGAACCUCCACGUCGACCCAAUGACUUGAACGACAUACAUAUGUAUCAUUGACCUUUCCUACGGCGUUAAUCUCCCAUAAUACCCUCCCUUCCUACCCGUCUACGCAACGCCCAUCAUGUCAACAACACCUGUACCACCCGAGGACCAGGCCAGGUUGCUGGAAGAUGCCUUGGUAGCUGUGCGCCAGCAGACCGCGCUUAUGCGCAAAUGUCUUGAUACCCCUGGCAAGCUUAUGGAUGCUCUUAAGUGCUGCUCUACUCUGGUCGCCGAGCUGCGGACAAGUAGUCUGGGACCAAAGCAAUACUAUGAGCUAUACAUGGCCAUAUUCGACGCCUUGCGCUACCUUUCCAUGCAUCUACGAGAGAACCACCCCCACAAUCACCUUGCCGAUCUCUACGAACUUGUCCAGUAUGCCGGUAACAUUGUGCCCCGUCUAUAUCUCAUGAUAACCGUGGGAACGGCAUACAUGUCCAUACCCGAAGCACCCGUAAAAGAGCUGAUGAAGGACAUGAUGGAUAUGAGCCGUGGUGUCCAGCAUCCCAUUCGGGGUCUGUUCCUACGUUACUACUUAUCUGGCCAAGCCAGAGACUAUCUACCUACUGGCGACGGCGAUGGCCCCGAAGGGAAUCUCCAGGACUCCAUUAACUUCAUCCUGACGAAUUUUGUCGAGAUGAACAAGCUCUGGGUGCGACUACAACACCAAGGUCAUUCGAGGGAGAGGGAACAGAGAACCAAGGAGCGCAAGGAGCUACAGCUUCUGGUCGGCAGCAACAUCGUGCGGUUGAGCCAGUUAGUAGAUCUCGAAACGUACAAGAACGGUAUCUUGGGCCCGCUACUCGAGCAAGUAGUUCAGUGUCGUGAUGUUCUAGCUCAAGAGUAUCUCCUGGAGAUCAUUACGCAAGUUUUCCCGGACGAGUUUCAUUUGCAUACCCUGGACCAGUUCCUCGCUGCUGUAUCACGGCUCAACCCUCACGUCAAUGUCAAGGCUAUUGUUAUUGGUUUGAUGGACAGGUUGUCGGCCUAUGCUGAACGGGAAUCCCAAGAGGAAGUGUCGGACGACAGAGCAAAACUUGAGGAAGACGCUUUGGCUACUCUUCUUGAGAAGGUCCGUUUGACCAAGGACCAGCAAGAAGCGAAGCCAACUCCAGAUGAAGCGUCCACUGAGCCUAAUGGAGACCAUGCUAAUGCCGAACCUGCCGAGCAUGCAGAAGGAAGCACUUCGGCAGAAUCAGAAUCGAAUUUGCCAGACACACCAGCCACAGAUGCUGAGACGACGGCAAAUGAAAACGAUUCGGACGAAUCAUCUCAAACGACCAAGAAACAGCGUGGGAUUCCUCCUAAUAUUAAACUCUAUGAAGUCUUCUUUGACCAAGUCAACAAUCUCGUCAACGCGCAACACCUCCCCAUCCAGGACACGAUUGCGUUGCUAGUUUCUCUUACUAAUCUUGCUUUGAAUAUAUAUCCCGGUCGACUCGACUAUGUCGAUCAGAUUCUGGACUAUGCGAAUCGCAAAGUCAAGGAGCAUGCCAAUAGUGCUGAUCUUCACUCCACUCCAGCACAGCAGAGUUUACUGGCAUUACUACAAGCUCCCCUCAAGCGAUACAUUUCCAUUUUUACGGCCCUAUCCCUUCCCACCUAUGUGCCUCUUUUCCAAUCCCAAACCUAUCCAACAAGACGGGCCGUAGCUGGAGAAGUUGUCAGAACCCUCUUACGCAAUGAAACUAAGAUAUCAACUACUAUUCAACUUGAGAACGUUCUUGAAAUUCUAAAAGUGUUAAUUAAAGAGGGCUCGCAGCCCCCUGCUGGCUAUCCCGGUGGCCCACAACGAAGAGCCUUGGAAACCGACGAAACGAUGGAGGAGCAAGGCUGGUUAGCACGGAUCGUUCACUUGCUCGACGGCGUAGAUAACGAUACACAAUUUAGCCUACUCCAAAUGGUGCGAAAGGCGUUCGCCGAAGGAAAUGAGAGGAUUCGCACGACGACCCCUCCUCUAAUCACGGCCGGCAUGAAGCUCGCACGCCGGUUCAAGGCUAGAGAGCACUACGAGGAUAACUGGGAAACGCAAUUGAGUGCCCUAUAUAAGUUUAUGCACUCCGCAAUAUCCGGCAUAUAUACCAGGGUCAAUGGCUCUGGUGCUGCCGAACUCUCGCUGCGGUUGUUUUGUGCCUGUGGACAGAGCGCCGACAUGACGAGCUUUGAAGAGGUCGCAUACGAAUUUUUUGCGCAAGCUUUCACCGUAUACGAAGAGGCAAUUUCUGACUCAAAAGCUCAAUUUCAAGCCGUAUGUAUCAUUGCCAAUGCACUACAUCAAACAAGACAUUUCGGUAAGGAGAACUACGAUACCCUGAUUACGAAGUGUGCUCUACAUGGUAGUAAGCUCCUACGGAAGCCGGACCAGUGCCGAGCAGUGUACUUGGCGAGCCAUCUAUGGUGGGCCAUGCCAAUCGCGGCCAUUGAAGAGUCAGAUGAAGGUCUCUACCGAGAUGGAAAGCGUGUGCUGGAAUGCCUGCAGCGAGCCCUGCGUGUUGCCGACUCCUGCAUGGAACAGGCAACCUCAAUCGAGUUGUUUGUUGAAAUCCUUGAUCGCUAUGUAUAUUACUUUGAUCAGCAAAACGAAUCGGUCACUACCAAAUACAUCAAUGGGCUCAUCGAACUUAUUCACUCAAACCUCGCAACGAACCAGCAAGACUCGGCAAGUGUGGAGAGUAGCAAGCGACACUUCCAACACACUUUGGAUAACAUUGCAUCGAGGCAAUAUGAAGGGAUUGUUCUAUACCCGCAAAAGUGAUGAGGACACAUAUCAAAGCAUAGUAAUGUGGUAGGUUAGAGAAGUCAUGUAGUCAGUACCAACACAUUUACUCAACGACGCGCACGAGAUGGAGGAAUUAAGGGCUUGCACCAAGGCUAAAUAAUGAUGCCCUUACUUAGGACGAGAACACCGCAACGACUGAUGAGUUGAGUGAGUUGGAGAUUUAUCGUGUACAUAUGUAUAUUCUUGGUGGUUUAAGACGAUGCGUUGGGCUUCCGACUAAGGAGUCUAGGCGUCUUUUGAAGAGCUGCAGUUACUAGUUACCUUUAGUUAGUUGCCAUUGGGCCCUUGUACGAAUUCUCAAGUUACCUGCCUA